GCGUGCCAAAAUGACCGUGGAAUUCGAGGAGUGUAUCAAGGAUUCGCCCCGGUUCCGGGCGACCAUCGAUGAGGUGGAAACGGAUGUCGUGGAGAUUGAAGCCAAGCUCGAAAAGCUGGUGAAACUAUGCAGCAAUAUGAUCGAUGCCGGGAAGGCCUAUAUCAUCACAAACAAACACUUUGUGGGCGGCGUCCGGGACCUAUCGCAGCAAUGCAAGAAGGACGAAAUGAUCUCGGAAUGCCUGGACAAGUUUGGAGACAGCCUGCAGGAGAUGGUCAACUAUCACAUGAUCCUUUUUGACCAAGCUCAGCGAUCCGUCCAACAGCAGUUGCACAAUUUUGUGAAAGAUGAUGUCCGGAAAUUCAAGGAGACCAAGAAGCAGUUUGACAAGGUGCGGGAGGACAUGGAGAUCGCUUUGGUCAAGAAUGCCCAAGCCCCGCGACACAAGCCGCACGAGGUGGAAGAAGCCACUGGCACCUUGACGAUCACCAGGAAAUGCUUCCGGCACUUAGCCCUGGACUACGUCUUGCAGAUCAACGUCCUCCAGGCCAAGAAGAAAUUUGAAGUUCUGGAUGCGAUGCUGUCCUUCAUGCAUGCCCAGUACACCUUUUUCCAGCAAGGCUACAGCCUCCUCCAUGAAUUGGACCCUUAUAUGAAGAAACUGGCUACUGAGCUGGACCAAUUGGUGAUUGACUCUGCAGUGGAGAAGAGGGAAAUGGAACACAAGCACGCACUUAUUCAACAACGGACGCUUUUGCAGGACUUCUCCUAUGAUGACUCCAAAGUGGAAUUCAACGUCGAUGCCCCCAACGGAGUGGUGAUGGAAGGGUACCUCUUCAAGAGAGCAAGCAACGCGUUCAAGACUUGGAACCGGAGGUGGUUCUCCAUACAGAACAGCCAGCUGGUGUACCAGAAGAAGCUAAAGGAUGUCCUCACGGUGGUGGUGGAAGACCUCCGGCUUUGUACCGUCAAGCCCUGUGAAGACAUAGAGAGGAGGUUUUGCUUUGAAGUUGUCUCCCCAACCAAGAGCUGUAUGCUGCAGGCUGAUUCAGAGAAACUGCGUCAGGCAUGGAUCCAGGCGGUUCAGGCUAGCAUAGCCUCUGCGUAUCGAGAGAGCCCUGACAGCUGCUACAUCGAAAGAUUGGAUCGAACUGCCUCUCCCUCUACCAGCAGCAUCGACUCCGCUACCGAUUCGCGAGACCGCAGCGCCAAAGGCGAGACCAUUUUGCAGAGGGUACAGGGCAUCCCGGGAAAUGACCAGUGUUGUGACUGUGGGCAGGCUGACCCGCGGUGGGCUAGCAUCAACUUGGGCAUCCUACUAUGCAUCGAAUGUUCAGGGAUACACAGGAGCUUGGGGGUUCACUGUUCCAAAGUGAGAUCGCUCACCCUGGAUUCCUGGGAACCGGAAUUACUGAAGCUGAUGUGUGAGUUGGGGAACGCCACCAUGAACCAGAUCUACGAGGCGCAGUGUGAAGAGAUGGGACUGAAGAAGCCCACUGCAGGCAGCUCAAGGCAAGACAAAGAAGCUUGGAUCAAAGUCAAAUACGUGGAGAAGAAGUUCUUGAAGAAGCUGCCCACUGGGGAAGCCCUGGCUGAGAACGAGAGGAAACCCCGGCGCUGGAGUGUGAAGAAGUGCCAGCGGCGCAACAGCUCCACCAAAGCACCCACGGCGCGGAGGAAGUACCGACACGAGGCAGGAAACGCAUCCCCAGCGCCACACUCUUCAGUGGCCACCUUGGAGCGGAAGUUCCGUCGCGAUUCCCUCUUUUGCCCAGAUGAGCUGGACUCCCUUUUCUCGUAUUUCGACACAGGAGCUGGAGCUGGGCCACGCAGUGGCAACCACGUCCCUCAGCAGCCCCCCCUGGCAGCUAGCCCAUGGAGUGACGGCAGUAAUGGCCCCGCCGGGAGCGCUUCACCGUUCCUCCUGGAUGGAGGUCUGAGCAGUGAUAGCGGACUCGGUGGAAGCACUGACGGCAGCACCGACGUCUUGGUGUUCGGCUCUGUGGUGGACAGCGUCACGGAGGAAGAGUGCGAAGUUUCCGAAGAGUCGAGCGGAGAAGCCGAAAUCGAGCAGGAGGCUUCCGACCUGGAGGACUUGCGGGAGCUGCACCCGGGCUUGCUGGUUUACAAGGCCUCGCGGGCCCGGAACCUGCCCGUCAUGGCGGAAGCCUUGGCUCACGGCGCCGACGUCAACUGGGUCAACGACGAGGACGAAAGCAAAACGCAGUUGAUCCAAGCCGUAAUGGGGGGCUCCUUGAUAGCCUGUGAAUUCUUGCUCCAGAACGGAGCGGACGUUAACCAAAGAGAUAUCCGAGGGCGCGCGCCGUUGCAUCACGCCACCUAUUUGGGCCACACUGGUCAGGUCUGCUUAUUCCUAAAGCGAGGAGCCAACCAGCACGCGGUGGACGACGACGGGCAAGACCCCCUCAGCAUCGCGGUCCAGGCUGCCAACGCCGACAUUGUCACCUUGCUGCGUCUGGCUCGAAUGAACGAAGAGAUGCGGGAAGCCGAGGGUCCAUUUGGUCACCCAGGAGAUGCCACCUACCUCGACAUCUUCCGCGAGUUUUCUCACAUGGCGUCAAACAACCCGGAGAAACUCAACCGUCGUAGCCUGCACUUCGGUCACUCUUACCGGUAGCUCUGGCUGCCGGCGUCACCUUUUCUUUUGACGAUGGCCUAUUCUUCCACCAUCAGAAGGCAUAUUGAGUCUUCACACCCCGUACGAAGUGGAAGGAC